CACACAUACAGCCAGUGUGAUCAGUGAUCACAUGAAUGGGUAUUAUAUCAGAAGAUACUGACUUUGUAGCUUGCUUUAUUAACAACAGAUCAGUAAAUAUUAACGUGUCACCCAAGGCGCUCUUGUGUUUAGUGCUACGUAUAACUUUUUGGUUUAUUAAUAACGGUUGCAAAAUAUCAAAGCGUGCGCGUAAACAUGUCUGGUACUGUUGCGCGUAAAGUGUGGACCAGAUUUGAGUCGAAAAAACCGGAUGGCAGUAUUGUUAAACUACGUAUCGAAGAUCGUCCAGUGGAAUCCGAAAAUGAUGUUUACGUAUUUUUAAUGGAUUAUUUCGUUCCCGAAGAGGCGGUCCAUAAAGCUUCAGGUGUUUCAAAAAAUCCAGAGGCACUUAAAGAGUAUAGAGAGCUAAUGACAUCAUUCUUCAAAGCAUUGCCGAUUCAUGCCACAGUGUGUUGCGUUGAUGAUGACUCCAAUACUGCUGGGAAAAUUUUGGGACUAUCAGUUAUACAGCCGACGAGGAAUACUGAUAAAUUUGAAGAUUUUAUAAAAGACAUGGAGUUCAAGUCAGAAGAGAUGAUACGGAUUCUAUACGCUGCAAAAGUAUUAGAAAGUUAUACUGGAGAUUCCAAAAAAUACGACAUUUUUUACUACGGCCGAGGUAUUAUUGUUCACCCAGAAUACAGAAGGUUGGGCAUAGCAGUUGAGCUUGUUAAAGUGCGGGAGUUAAUCUGCAUCGAUAGCGGUAUCCCUAUGACAUGCGCAUGGAUGUCAGCAAAGGGCAGCCAAAAGGCAGCGGAAGCUAACUCUUGGAAGACCAUGGUAGAAAUUCCAAGAGAGGAAUUAGAAGAGAAGACAGGACUUGAGUUUGAUAAGAGUCUACCAAGUUUUAAAUUUAUGUACAAGACAGUAGAUUAACAUUAAACAAAUAAAGUAAUUAAACGAAUUAA